AUGUCUGAGUAUCAUAACAUUGUGGAUUUAAAGGAAUUACUGAAAGGAAAUUGGUUUUGCUCUAUGGACUGUACGAGGAUCAACUCCACAUUGCAGAAGUUACUCCUUGGUGAGGCGGAGAAUCUUUCAGAUUCUUCUUUGGAAAUAAUACGCAUGAAGCAAGGAAGAACUGAUGUUGAUUCCGUCAGUCAUCUUGACAUCAGAUGGAGACUGAUCAGCGGCAGAGUUACUUCUCCUGAAAGCCGGAUGUUGCUGUCUCAGGCAUUGGCUAUUUUUCAUGAUUGCUUUGAUCCUGUAGUUGAUAAAAACCAGAGGCGAAAGAGUCAAAGGCAGGAGGUUAUCUUGAUCCAGCAAAAUAAUUAA